AUGCGUUUACCAAUGUCAUCAUUAUCACAUCGUAUAAUACAAAAUCAUAGUUUAUCGAGUCUCGAUAACGACAUGCCAUCGUCAAGUACUUAUUCAUUUGAAUUACCUUAUUUAGGUGUAAUCUAUUUCGGAAAAUCACCUUUAAAUUUAACAUCAUUUCAAAAACCAUUACGUGAAUUAUAUAUUUCAUAUUAUCGUGAACAAUCUCAUGAUCAACGUCGUGUUAUUAUAUCUGAUUCUGAUAUAUUAAUAUUAGAAUCUGAACGCGGAACAAAAAGUAAACGUUCAUUAACCUAUAUAAAAUUUGAAUCAAUUGUUAAUAUACAAUUAUUAAAAUUAUCUAUGACGAACAAGAAUAAAACCCAACAACAACAACAUACGCAAGUUGCUUUUUUACCAAUUGGUUGUGAAUAUCAAGAACGUUUUCGAUCUUUAUAUUCAUCAGUUAAUAAAUCACAAUAUAAUUUACUUUCAACACGUAUAUCAUACCAUUCACCACUUCUAUUAUUUGUUACACGUAAAGCAGGUGUAACUGGUUCAUGUUCUCUUCUUGAUUGUCAUGUAUUUGCUGUACAUCGUGAAUCAACAGCAUUUGAAUUAUGUGAUAUGAUACGUAAAUUAGUUAUUAAACGAACAAUGAGUCCAAUAAUAUCACGAAAAGAAUCAGAUAGACAAAAUAAUGAUUUAAUUGAUGUUGUUCGAUCGACAACAAAUACUCUUCAUAAUCCUUUAUCGUCGUCUUCGUUACUAAUAAAUGAUGUUCAACAUUCUUGUCCGUUUCAUGACACAUCUAAAGUAUUAACUAUGAAUAGUGACAUUCAUCGGAUGUCGUCACCAUGUUCAUCAUCAAAACAACGUCAUUUUAUUAAAGCAUCAUCAUUAAUACAAGAUGAAUCUGAUGAAAUUGUUAAUGAUUUAAUGAAUAUUGUUGCUAAUGAACAAUUAAAAAAUCAAACAUCUAUUAAACGUCAUGCAUCAUUUGAUCAAACAUCAUCAUCAUCAUCAUCAAAUGAUAAUAAUACAAUGAAUAAGAAACGUUAUUUUCAUAAUAAAAAACGUUUAUUAAAUCCUAUACCAAUAACAAAUAAUAUUUUGCCACAACAACAACAACAACAAAAAAUUCCUUCAAUGAUUGAUGGUCAAUUAUUUCGACCACAAAUUGUAUUGAAUCGUUAUGGUGAUAUUGGUAAUUAUGUACCAAAAUUUUUACGUGAAGAUUCAACAAUGCGUUCAUCGGAUAGUAAUGAAAAUAUAUUUUUUCGUUCAAGUAAUGGACAAUUAAUAAAUGGUUUUCUUAAAUUAGAUUGUUUAUCUAAUCAAACUAAUAAUUAUUAUCAAUCAACACCAUGUUUAAAUCAAGAUCAAAAUAUUUAUUCACUUGUUCAACAAUUACGAAAAAAUCAAACAAAAUCUUUUACAAAUAUUUAUCCAAAUGAUUUAAAUAUAUCAAAUCAAAUCUUAGAUAUAAAUGUAAAUCAUAUCGUUGAUGAUGAUCAUCAAGUUCCUCAUGUACUUAAAUCAAUAGGAGAUGUUAUGAAUGAUAAUAAAGUACAUUUAUUAACACAAAUUUCUCAUUUACAUCAACAUCCUUCGAAAUCGAAUGUUGGUUUAUCUUCAUCAAAACCAAAACGAUUUCCGUCAUUUCACCAUGCUAAUACAGAAUUACCAAUUGAUUAUCGACAAUAUUUACGUCAUACAGAUCAAGGUGCUUAUCUCUAUGGUGAAGAACAACGUCAACAAUCAACACUUGAACAUACACUUGGUUACUUGCCAUAA